AUGGCAGAAUGUGAAGAGACUUCUGAAGAGCCAUGCGAGGAUGAGAUCGACGCGGUUUCAGAGCUGUUACACUCUGAUGUUUUAGACAGGGAGGAAGAACUACAACAUGCUUUUGAAGAAGCGAUUGAACAAUGCAAAAGUAAAGGUGGUUUGACAAGGCAUAAAAAUGCAAAGCAUGAAAGACAUGAAGAGGUUACGAGUUCUGACAGUAAACGCGACGACAAUGACAAUAUAUUCAGCAUUGAUGAUUAUAUUAACCUAAUAAAUCAAAGUUGCAAGAGUUUAGGGAAGGAUACUUGUUAUGCUAUGCAGAGAGUGUUAGGGAAAGUUUCAAGGGUUACGUUUUUAAAAUUGCUGGAAAGGAAGAUAAAUAAAGGUUUUCUCAAGUCAAGAAACUGUACUCUUUUGUCAGAAAAGGAAAAGUUGAAAAGUUUUAUGCCCAAGUACUUUGCAACUGUUGUAUACGCUGCAUCAGAGUAUUUUCCACAGUUACCUUUCCAGUUCUCAGUUCUGCUUGCCACCAGGUUGGCUGACAAGAUUGCAUCCUUUGAGAAAGUUUCUAGUUGUAAGGUGACAUCAGAACAUAAAUCUACUCAAGCAAGUACAGGUAUAUUGAAUGAGAAGGAAAAAUCACCAUUGCAAUAUCUUGGUGGAUAUGUUCUAUUUACUCUACACAAGCGUAUUCGAAAUUCUAAAGCUUGGAUGACAAAUUCCAAGCAGCAAGUACUGGCUCUACUCCAAGCUGGAAAACAAAGCCAUGAUUGUGAAACAGCACAGACUCUAGUUGACUGCAUAAACCGAGGGGGGCUGUGGAAAAUAAGCCAAACCGUCAAACAAAUUUUUACUAUGGCAGAAAUUAACUUUAAAAGCGUCACAAUUGAGUCUGAGGAGCCCAUAACAAAGAUAUCAAAAACCGACAUUGUUUAUAAUCUGGAAAAAAAUGUGUCCAAAGAUAUAUUACAUCAAGUCUUACUACUCUAUAUCAAAGUGAGAUCAUUCAGUUUUGCAAAGGAUGUGAUAAAUAAGCAUAAAGCUCAACAAAAGAGUUCAAAGUCAAAAGCAUUAAGAAAAGAAAUAAAAAAUAGUUCAGAUAAACCUCCAAUAAAUGAAUGAAACAUUAUGCAACUUUAACAUAACUAUGAACUCUAAUGUUUUGUAUUUGAAUUAGACAACAACUGGUAUAAUAUCAUUUAAUUUUAAAAACUUUUAAAUUUAACAUUUAUAUUCCACUUUGUUUUAAUAUACAUACAAAAACCAAGUUGAGAACUUUCUAAAACAUGAUUUAAAUAUAAAGCAGAAAUGUGAAAUAGUAUUAUAGAUA